CCUCCACCCUCUCCUUCAAGAUAGGGUUUUUGUUAUCUCCCCAUAUUCUCUCCAUCUUUUUCUGGUUUUGAUUUCAGUUUCAAUUUCAAUUUCAGACAAACCCUUCAUAUCUUUCAUCGACGAUUAAACCUAAUUUCUUCUUCAAUCUGUAGCCUGGUUUUAUUGAUACGUGCAUUGAAUGCCGAUAGGCAUCCAUUGAUACCCCAUAACCAUUUGGUAGUUUUCUUCUUCAUGUUGUUAAGUUCCUUCCUUCAAUGGGCGUUGAUAAUGGCGGCCAUUAAGAUUAUGAUUUGGCCUCAUGUUUUGCACUCUUCCUAUUUCCAAUUAUUUCUCCUGAUUAUAUGUUGAUUGUUGAUUAUUUGUUGGUUUUUCARAUCGGAUUCUUUGGGGCUCCGGAAUACGUGAUUAGUUGCUCAUUUUCUAUUGAAUUUAUCAAGUAUUCUGCAAAGACACUAAAUUCAAGUGCAAAAUCAUGGCUGAAUUCAUGUGCUGAAUUCAAUCCUUCAUUUGUUUGAGAUGGAAUUAAUGUCUGUAUUUCGUUUAUCCGGGUAUGGCCRGAAGUGGGUUUCUUCUCCGCCAGUUCCGCCAUCACCACCACCACUUUCGUUGAUCCGAGAAUGGUCGRAAGUGGGUUUCUUCUCCGCCAUAGUUGUCAUGGUUCCCGCCUAUCGACACAUCAAUUCCUAAACCCUAGCUUUCUCUGGCUUUCUUUCUCUCUUUUUCUUCCCCCUUUUUGUUACUUCUGGAAAGAAAAAGAUUGGGUCUUUUUGAGGGUUUGAAUACAUGUCCUUCAAUCAACCAAGGGGUGAUAAGAAUGAGCCGUCACAGCACAGAAAAUUGGGUCGAUCUGGUAAUGCUGCCUUGCAAAGGAACUACUCUGGGGGUGGCGGGAAGGGCGGCGGCGGAGGAGGUAGUACCACCGCCCCACCAUCCUCCUCUUCAUCUUCUUCUAAUAUGGUUUUCAGGUCACGAAACUACAAUGCGGUUCUUUACUGUCUUAGACAGGUUCUAAAAGCUAAGCUGGGGGUAACCCAAUGGGAUAUAUAGGUGUUCAUGGCAUUAAUGCACUACACAGAUGCAAGUACAGUGGAGUUGAUCACUCUUAUCUUGCAAAAUAUAGUCGUUUUGUUACUUUCUUCCCUCUUUGGAUGCCGUAAGUAUUGUUCAAAUAAACAUAUUAUUCAGCAUGCUUGUGUGCUAAUACAAAUCUAUGUGUGUGUGCUAA